CCCUUUCCCUCCCCUUCCCCAGCCCCUUUCCCCUCCUCCCCUCGCUCCUUAAACGGGAUUCCGGCUGGGCGAGCCGCAGGACGGCAUCACCGGGCAUCCCGCGGCGGCUAAUGUCAGGUCCCCGCUGUCCCUCCCCGCACACACACGCUCAGCCCGACCCGGAAAGCAGGAAAAAUAAUUUACAAGGUCUCCCCCCACCCCCUCCGCCCCUUUUCCCUGAGCUCCUCGUCCCAGUGCUAAAAAUCGCCCCUGGGGCGAACGGGGGUGGUUGGUAAAAAGCCGGUGUGGAACGGGGGGGAGCCGCCCCGUGGGGAGGGCACCCCCGAAGGCAGCGGGCAGCCCCUUCCCGCCCCCCCUUGAGGAGGGGGGGGAAUGAGGUAGAGGCCGGCGGCGGAGCGCCCCGCCGGGCGCCGUGGCCGCGGAGACAUGAGGCGGCGAGCGGCGGUGAUGGGCGUCAGCAGCGCAGGGUGCUAGAGCCCCGUAGCAGCCAAGGUCUGAGAGGACGGCAGCCUGUGCGAUACGGAGGGAUCUGGUUUUCAAAAUGGAAUUGCAGUUCGCGCUCCUUUUAGCAGGGAUAAUCGCGUUCUCGGACUCGGCCAGAGGCCCCCCAAGGAUUGCAGAUAAAGUGAUUCACCGCCAGUCCGUGAGGCUAGGGAGGACCAUCAAGCUCCUGUGCCCAGUGGAGGGUGACCCCCCACCCCUCACUAUGUGGAUGAAGGAUGGCCGCACUAUCCACAGCGGCUGGACAAGGUUCCGAAUCCUUCAGCAAGGGCUGAAAAUUAAGGAGGUGGAAAGUGAGGAUGCGGGGACCUACAUUUGCAAAGCCACCAAUGGCUUUGGCAGCACCAAUGUGAACUACACCCUCAUCGUGAUUGAUGAUGCCAGCUCAGGAAAGGACAGCCAGGUACCCGAUGGCUCCAAUGGAGAAUAUGAAGAUCAUUCAGGGAAGCAAUGGGCCCGGCCCAGGUUCACGCAGCCUGCCAAGAUGAGACGGAGAGUGAUCGCCCGUCCCGUCGGCAGCUCCAUCCGCCUGAAGUGUGUGGCUAGUGGGAACCCACGGCCAGACAUCACAUGGCUAAAGGACAAUAAGCCUCUCACACCCCAAGAGAUUGGGGAGAACAAGAAGAAGAAGUGGACACUAAACCUGAAGAACCUGAAGCCAGAGGACAGUGGGAAAUACACAUGCCGAGUGUUUAACAAAGUCGGAGAAAUCAAUGCAACGUACAAAGUUGAAGUAAUCCAGAGGACGAGGUCCAAGCCCAUCCUGACAGGGACGCACCCCGUCAACACGACGGUGGACUACGGUGGGACCACGUCCUUCCAGUGUAAAGUCCGCAGCGAUGUCAAACCCGUCAUCCAGUGGCUGAAGAGGGUGGAGUACGGCACAGAGAGCAAGUACAACUCAACCAUCGAUGUUGGGGGACAGAAGUUUGUUGUGCUGCCCACGGGGGAGGUCUGGUCCCGGCCCGAUGGCUCCUACCUGAAUAAAUUGAUGAUUACUCGAGCCAAGGAAGAAGAUGCAGGGAUGUACAUUUGCCUAGGGGCAAACACCAUGGGCUACAGCUUCCGCAGUGCUUUUCUCACAGUCCUGCCAGAUCCCAAACCUCCGAGUGCACCUGUACCCCCUUCCUCAGCCAGCAGCCUGCCCUGGCCUGUGAUCAUCGGCAUCCCUGCCGGAGCUGUCUUCAUCUUUGGGACAAUCCUCUUGUGGCUUUGCCAGACUAAGAAGAAACCCUGCUCCCCUCCAGCCGCUGCACCUGUGCACCGGUCGCAGCCCCGGGACAGGAUCUGUGUCUCCCAAGUCCCCGACAAAGACUGCAUCUCCUCCAUAAACUAUGAGGAAUACGUUGCCCAACAGCAGCAUUUACUGUCCCAAGGGCCUGCACUUGCCCCUGCCAUGGCAUCCAAAAUGUACCCAAAGAUUUACACGGACAUCCACACCCAUACCCACUCACAUGUGGAAGGGAAAGUCCAUCAGCACCAGCACAUUCAGUACCAGUGCUAAGAGGGUGGCCGUGUACAGUAGCUCGUUUGGGCUUUUCCUCGUGGUACCUCAGAAGAGACUGCUCCAAGUCAGCUCACACUGCCAGCAAUAGGCAAAGCAGACAGAAAAGAUUAUAUAUAUAAUUUUAAAUAUAUAUAUACAUAUAUAUAUAAUUGUAUAUGCGUGUGUGUAUGUGUGUAUAUAUAUAUGUGUAUAUAUCUAUAUCUAUCUAAAUAUAUAUAUAAUAGAGAAAGACAAAAAGAGAAAAGAGAUUUUUUUUGUUUUGUUUUUAAUUAUUGCAAUCAGGAUGUAGCCAAGGAAUAAUGAAGGAACUCCAGAUCUCAGCAGAGAGGCAGCCAUCUCCAACAGCGGAGCCUUCCCGGAUCUCUUAACCGAGGUGGCAACAAGUGAGACAGGAUACAGGGACAUGAACAACCGCCUCCUUCCUUGUGUUGCUACAGGAGCAAGAAGAACAAGAGGUGACCAUGGUGCUUCUCUGGAUGGGCACUGCUGUUCCUGUGCCUGCUUCACAUCACUUGUUUUGGUGGGAAGCCCCCAGACCUGUCCCACUCUGGAUGACUGAGGUUUAGUGCCAAAGCACCAGGAGACAUAACCAAUUCACCUCUUCCAGGGCAAAAAUAUAACACAAGAGAGUCUGGAACAUCUAAUUUCUAUUCACAAUAUGAAAUGCUGAAUGCUUCUCAGUCACGGUCAUUUGGUCUGAAAUACUAGCCAAGCUGAUUGGCUUGGUAUCUGCAAGGUGAAGGCAUCAUGAUUCCCGUGUGGUGUUCUGCAGAUCAAACCAGAAUUGCUCCAAUCCCCUGGUCCUAGGACUCAGUGCCACUGCCAGGAAAAAGGAAAGAAGGAAAGAGGAACAUUGUACAGAACACCUUUAUAUUUAUAUUUAAGAAAUAAUAAUAAUUAAUAAUAAUAAUAACUGAACUGCUGAUGGUGAAGAAAGCAAAACACACUGUCCUCUGAUGGCUCACAAUGACAAGCUACUGGAUUUUCUAUGUCAAUGCAAAAUACAUGAGAACAUUAGGAAAAAAAAAGUAAGAAAAGAAGAGAAUGAAAUAAUAAGCUUGUAGGAAACAAUGAAUUUGAGAAAUAUUCACCUAGGUUGUGUGUGGUGGUCCCCUCCCCUCAGAUAACAGUUUGCAAAUGAUACAGCUUCAUUGCAGCUCAAACAACAGCAAAGACAGAAAGAAGAGAAAAUAAAUAAGGACCAUAUUAAAUACCUAUAUAGACUGGAGAUGAAUCCAAUUGCAAAUAUAAAACCUUUGUAAUUCUAUAUAGAGUUUAAACAGAAGUCAUGUAUAUUUAAUUUAUUUUGUUAAACAAGAAAAAAAUGUAUGAUAUUUUCCUCAAAACAGGCAUUUCUAUACAUAUUUUUGAUCAAAAAAAAUAAAGAUUUUGUUUUUUCCAGGUUCUAUA